UUUCUUAACGAAAACCUGGAAGCUUACAAUCGCUUUUUCUGAGCGAGCCGCUCAGGAACGGAGAGGAGAAGCCCGCCGGUUUCGAUUUUAAUGGGAGAGAUCCAUUGAUCUCCUUCGAAAUUAUGCAUUCGAAACCCUAAUUUUUUUUCGCUUCAAUCCUCAGUAUCCUUUUCCUAUUGGUAGUAGGGAAUAUAUAUAUAUUUUUUCUAUAAUUAAUUGAUUUGUCAACUGAUCAUCUAGUUCGAGUUUUUCGAUUGUUAUGUUCUGAUCAAUCUCUCUCUGGGAAGGUUUCUUUUUCUUCCUUUUUUUUUUUUUUGUUUCGUUUCUGGAGACUGUGGUUUGAUUGGAAUGGGGAAGGCUACCGAUUUUUCGUCUAAUCAUCGUUCGCCAAGUGGAACUAGUCUUGCCGGCGAUAAUACCAACAGCUCUGAGUUCCGGAGGAAGAAUCUUCAGUCUCCGUGGGCUCAAGUCGUCCGUGGUGAGCCAGAAUCGAUCUCACCCGUCGAUCAGUCCCAGCUAUCGUCCUCUUCGUCAUCCUUGUCUUCGCUUGCGGUUUCCGCUACAGAAACCCCUGCUCCUGCCUCCCCGCCGUCGGAUAACUUUACGUCUUCCGAGAACUGCGACGCGAAUGACGGUAAUGCAGCGUCGAAGAAACAGGCUUGGAACAAGCCUACGAAUGGCGUCGUUGAGGGUGGUUCUGUAAUGGGGGCAGACUCUUGGCCUGCUCUCGCGGAAUCCGCGAGGGCUUCACCCAAAUUAACAGUUGAUUCUCCUCCGAAGGUUACCGUCGAAGUAGCAGUCCCUCCUUCUCAGGGACCUAUCAAUGUACCUCCUCAGCGACAAGCUACAAAUAAUGCCAAAUCGAACCCGACUCUGAAGAAUCCAGUGGUUGCUCGGCGAUCCUCAAGGCGGGGUGGUGGUGGUGGUGGCAGCUCAGUGGGAGGGCCUCGAGGCGGCUAUUAUCGCCCUCCGCCACCUCCACCACCACCUCCCCCACCCCCCUUUCCUGUUUUUCAAGUUUCUCCAAAUAGUUAUUGUAAUAUGAUACCAGCAAUUCCUGAUCCUUCUUCAGGAGAACCACUGUUCAGGAGCCCUAAUUGGGAUCCGCGGGCUGUUGCAGGCUUUGUGCCUCAAUUAAAUUUUGGUACUGAUCACCGAAACUUCUUUCCUAGGGGGAAUUUUCCCCUCCAUCCUCGUGGUGAUAGUCACUACCAUAACAAUCGUGGGGGAAAACGUGGUCAAGAUCGUGGAAUAUAUUUUAAUGCUCGAGAUGCUCAUUUUCAGCAGCACAGGCCUCAUACUAGAGGCUUUAUGAGGCCUUUGCCACCUUUCACUGGUCAGUUUCCCCAGGGUGUUAGACCUCACCUGAAUCCCAUGGCUCAUCCAGAGUUUGUCUACGUCCCUACAUUGCCCUUGGAGGCGUACAGAGGUGGCCUGCCUUUCAUGCCACGACCUGCAAUGAACUAUCCUACUGUAGAUCCCACUCUGUCUGCAUCAAUAGUUAAGCAGAUUGAAUAUUAUUUCAGUGAUGGUAAUUUGGUAAAAGAUGAUUAUUUAAGGUCCCAGAUGGACGAUCAAGGCUGGGUGCCAAUUUCUCUGAUAGCUACCUUCCCUAUGGUACUGAGUCUGACAAACAAUAUUCAAUGGAUAGUAGAAUCCUUGAGAACGUCUACUGAAGUGGAAGUUCAGGAUUAUAAGAUCAGACGGAGAAAUGAGUGGAAGAAAUGGACAACUAAAUCCAAUUGGUUUAGAACUGAUUUGGUCUCUUCUGCUUCAAGUGGAUCAACUCAUGAUAGUCUAGCAACUUCUUUUCAAAGGGUCAGAGUGGAUGAAGGGACGAACCAAAGUAUGACCAAUGAUACUGAUCCUCAUAACGCCGAGCGUACUACUGAGUUACAAUCUUCCGAGUCAGGUGAUUGUUCACAACUUACUAAUGGUGAGGCGAAUCAGGAUGUUCAGACUGAUAUCUGAUCAAUUUUGUUCUCCCAAAGGUUCGAGCGCUUACUUUUUGGGAUAAUACAUGUCUAUGUCUACUUACAAGAGGGUCUGGCUGCUAACUCUCUCUCUUCCUCCAUGUGUCAUGCCAUUUCUUGUCAUGCUCAUUUUGGCAGUUCAAAGAGGCUAGUUUUUGGGGAUACGAAGAAUAUUUUAUUUAUUAUUCCAAAUAUAAAAAGAGGAGAAGUUUAGUUUUGGUAUACUUGUAGUUGGAAGUACAUUCUUAAUGUUUCUCUUAUGCUUUAUGGAUGAUUUUAGUGACUGAAGUAUAUAACAUUCAUUGAACACUAUUCUGAAUCAUCAAUGACCAUUUUUUUAAAAAGGAAAUGUGCCUUUGAAUUUUA